AUGAGGAUAGGCGUGGUAAUCGUUGCCUUGUUUGUUAAAUUUGCAUUAGGGGGGGAGUAUGGCCAUGACUACGAAUCUCAUGCAAUCAAGCCUGAGCAAUGUACCACCCGUAAAGUUCAAUGUCCUUCUUAUCAACCGUUUCCUUUAGUGGAUGGCACCUGCAAUAACUUGAAGCAUCCCACUUGGGGUGCUACAAAUACAGUUCUGCCCCGUCUACUGCCUGCUGAAUAUUCUGAUUCCCGUGGAAAACUUAGAUCAAAUGGUGUGUUUGGAAAACUCCCGUUGCCAAGGUCUGUGUCAAACGCCUUGAAAGAAUCUGAAAAGUCGUUUUCAAGUGAGAUUUCACACUUGCAUGUGGCGUUUGGACAAUUAGUUGUGCACGAUAUCGUACUUACGACUUUCAUUACAAACGAGAACGGCACAGAUUUAGACUGCAACUGCGAUCGGCCUAAAAAAGAUUGUAUAAACAUUAAACUCCCGGUAGGCGACAUUCAAAAAACGAAAGCUAACAGAAAAUGCAUGCAACUCGCUCGUUCGAAAGCUGCUAUCGGUGUUGGAGGAUGUACAUUUGCUCAACGGGAACAAAUAAAUGCCUUCUCAAGUGCAUUGGACCUAACUUUCAUUUAUGGUACAACCGACAAAGAAGCAAAAGAACUUCGCGACCCUGCUUCGAACGCUGGGGAAUUAAAACUGGUGGAAAAUCCAGCGAGUGAAUCACGCAAAAAUCUUCCAAAUCAAGACCAGUUAAAAAGUAAAGAGAUUUCUAAGAUAACGUUUUGUCCAGUAAAGAUUCACACGCCGAAAGAUAUACCGUGUUUUGUUGCUGGUGACGUAUUGUCAAAUCAAAACCCAGGGCUUGUUUCUCUUAUUACAAUUUGGGCCAGGUAUCACAAUUAUGUUGCAAGAAAUGUAAAACUAGUAAACACGGGAUGGGAUAGCGACGAAGUGUUCAAUGUAGCCCGUCGAAUUGUAUCUGCGAUUUAUCAAUCAAUCGUUUACAGAGAAUACCUUCCCUUACUUCUUGGUCCGGAAUGGGUGAAAAGAUUCGAUUUGAAACCGGUUGAUGAUUUCGGCUUCUGGAAUGGAUAUGAUCCUGAAUAUAACCUGGCCAUUACCAACGAAUUCGCGACGGCAGCCUUUCGGUAUGGCCACAGCCAGGUAGCUGCUAAUCUCUCACGGCCAAAUUCUUUUUUCAAACGUGGAACCAUACCCGAUAUUCCAUUAGCUGGCACAUUUUUUACUAACGAUCACCAAUUGGAAAAACGUGGAGGCGGAGCUGGUGCAAUUUUGCGUGGUUUCAUUAUUGAUAAAGCAGAGAAAACUGAUCCUACACUGGUCGAUGCUCUCCGAAACCAACUAUUCACAGAACUUGGGGAUAAAUUCGGAAAAGACCUAUUCGCAAUAAAUAUUCAAAGAGGCCGUGAUCAUGGAUUACCUGGAUAUAAUAAAUAUAGAACAAUAUGUGGACUACCGAAAGCAAACAGUUUCAGUGAUUUGUCAGACGAAAUUCCAGAAAAAAGCAUAAGAGGAUUGAAACGAGUAUACCAUUCAGUCGAUGACAUUGACUUAUUUCCUGGCGGGCUGGCAGAAAAGCUAGUGGAAGGUGGACAGGUCGGGCCUACGUUUGCUUGCAUUUUAGCAUAUGGCUUCCGGGCCUUAAGAAAAGGUGAUCGUUUCUGGCACGAACUUGCGAACGCCCCUUCCUCUUUCACUGGUGAACAGCUUGCGGCAAUACGUCAAACGACUUUUGCAAGUGUAUUAUGUGAAGUCGGCGAAGAUAUGAAAUUUGUGAAAAAAUUUCCUAUGCUUAUGAAAGAAGGGAAAUAUGGUGGAAUGGUCAGUUGUGAUAGUGUACAAGGUUUGGACAUAUUUCCCUGGAGGUCAUUCCAACAAGCAUUUUAUAGAAAAAAAUAUGACACCUACACGGUAUGGACAACUUGGUUUGUCACUCAGUUCACCGACAAACACAAAGUAAACAUUCGGCGCGAAGCUUUGCGCACGUUCGCCGAACGACCAGAAGAUACAUGCGAAAAUCGAUUUGGAUACGAAUUACGUGAAGUACCUAAGAGUAAUUUCAUUCAAAUUCGGUUUUCUUGCCUCCCAGGUACAAUAGCAUCUACUGACUUCCCUUUUCAAAUUUCACCACAUCAUUAUUGGACAGACUGGAUACACACAGACGAUCACGAACAGGUGUUUGAACCAUCUCAAUUUGCUUGUCAUCAAAAAGUUGUAGCAAUUCAGGCAAUGUCUGGCAAAAAAUUUGCUUCGUGGACUGGGGAUGUGUUCGAAAAAUAUGGACCUAAAUCAGGCUUUGCUUGUAGGAACGAACAUCAACUUAGUGGAAAAUGUCACCGCUAUAGAAUACGGGCUCUAUGCUCCGGAACAAAAAAAGUUAUCAAACAUAAGCAGAUUCAACAUGAAAUUCAAAGUACACCGAAAAUUACGCCUCAUAGAUCGGAAGAUACAAGUGAUGAAACUAACCCUCAUAGCCACUUGUACCCACCCGUCGGUUCAUCUACAGAAUCUCACGAUAACUAUUUUACUCAUGAGAACCUUCACCCACAAUCAAGUUCGUUUCCAGAUUCUCAAAGUAAAUUGUACCCAGCACCUAGUUCAACUCCAAAGUUCCAUGAUAACUUGUACUCGCUACCAACAUCGCCUCAUACCCAUGUUAACUCACGACCAAAUUCAUUAUUACAUUCUCAAAAUAAACAGCAUAACAUCGAAAGUUCGCAUUCGAAAUCUCAUAGUAAAUUGUACCCAGAAACCAGUUCAACUCCAAAUCCCCAUGAAACCUUAUACCCGCAACCAAAUUCGCAUUCUGAAUCUUUUAGCAAACAUUUUCCGGUUACAAGUCCGUCAUCAAAAUUCCAGUCCAAACUUUACCCGGCUACUAGUUCCACCCCAAAGCUUUCUGUAGCAUCGUCAUUCUCUCCAACUCUUUAUCCCGAACCACCGAAAACAACAAAGAAUCCCCACCCCAAACCCCGAAACGUUCCGAUUAAAGCUGUGCUUAGGGCGCAGGCAUAUUGCAAGGCAUACAAAGUGUGCUGUACACCUCCCGUAAAACAUUUCAGAAGCAAAUCUUCUCCUAUUUUGAUGUACGCAGCUUACUUGUGCAAAUACUAUGGUGUUUGUUGUACACCCUAAACGUGACAGCAAUUCAGACCUCUUGCUUUGUAUUAAUUUGUGUAUUCAUAUCUUACAUGUUCAUAAACUUGCAAACUGGAAAAUUUUGUCGUGCUUGUGUUUUUCUUAGAAUGUCUGUUGGCGUCGAUUAAUCGCUCUAUACAAGAGCCUUGGGCACCACAUUAUAGUUGCAGUUUAUGUAUUA